AUUGUUUUACAAUUUACUAAACAUAUUUUGCAUUUUGUAAACUACAACUCUGCAACUGUCAGCUGUGAGUGCUAUUGUGAAUUUCUGUUACUCAAUCAAAACAGAGAAAGUCAGAGAUGAUUGUUAUGUUAUAAUUUGCAAAUUUCAUCAUAAUCCAUUCUCUGCAUUAUACAUUCGACUCUUUGGUUAAGUGGUUGACUAUACAAACCAUUAAUAUAUUUAAAUAAUCGAAAGGAAUUUUCCACUUACAAAUUGUGUAAAAAUGAGUUCCAAAUCAUAUUUUAAUGUGGCUGGGGAUGAAGACCAAGGAAGCAAAUUAUCACGAAAAGUAAAGGAAUCGCCGUUCAUGUUAAUUG